AUGGUAGUUGAAGCCAUAGGAACAACAUUGUUUUUGGUGUUCUUGUCAUUUGCUGUUUCUGUGACGGCUCAUGAUAAGCAGACUGCCCAUAAGAUCACCGGCGGCAAGGCGUCCCACAAACAGCUGGCCAACAAGGCUGCCCGCAAGAACCCCCCAGCUACCGGCGGCGAGAAGAAGCCUCACUGCUACCGGCCUGGCAUCGUGGCUCUGCGGGAGAUCUGGCGCUACCAGAAGUUUGGGCUGAUCCACAAACUUCCCUUUCACGGGCUGGUGAGUGAGAUCGCCCAGGACUUCAAGACAGAUCUGCACUUCCAGAGCUCGGCCAUUAUGGCACUGCAGGAGGUAAAUGAGGCCUACCUGAUGGAACUGUUCGAGGACACCAACCAGUGCGCCAUUCACGCCAAGAGGGUCACCAUCAUGCCCAAGGACAUCCAGCUUGCCUGCCACAUCCGUGGAGAGAGAGCUUAA